AUGGGGGCAGGGGGAAGCCCAGCAGUGCCCUUAUACAAUCCAAAAACUAUUCUCAGUCAGGCUCCUCUCAUUCAGAGUGUCCCUAUUGGGACCUUGGGUCCAGUGGGCCCUGCUCCACUACCCUUGCUGGCUCCAGCCACCCAAGCUGCAGUGACUGUCCCCACCACUGCACAGAGGCAGGCUGCCCAAGACAGCUUGUGCAUGGGCCUACCCCCUCUAGCCAUACCACCAGAUUUCCACCAUCCUCCCGUCAUGCCCCAGGUUAGCCAGUGGGGACCCUGGCCACAGAGGCCCCGUGCAGAGGGCAGUCUGCCCACAUCCCAGGCCAAGCUUCCAACCCCCAGCGUCUAUCAGAACUUUCGGCGCUGGCAGCAAUUCAAGACCUUGAUCUGGAAGAAACUUCCACAGACUCCUGAUGUGGAAGCACUUGCCUGCUUCUUCAUCCCAGUGCUUCGGUCUCUGGCCCGGCUCAAGCCCACCAUGUCCCUGGAUGAGGGCCUGUGGAGAGGCCUUCAGGAAUGGGAAGGCAUCAGCAAUUACGAACGCAUGAGCUACUUUGAGAUGGCGGCCAAGUUCAUGGAAUUUGAGGCUACAGAGGAGAUGGAGAAUUCAAAGUUGCAGGGGAUAAUGAAUAUCCAAUGCCAGCCUCCUGCAGUUCCAUCGAAACCAGAUUCUCCAAAGCACUCAUUCCCUGACAUUCCCCUGCAGCCAGAAGGCAACUCCAGCAAGACUGGCCUCAAGGCAGUGUCUACCCAACCAUCAGCACCCACAGGCCAGAAGCCACCAGAGACCAAGGCACCUGAGGAGAUCCCACCUGAAGCCGUGGAGGAGUACAUGGCCAUCAUGGACUGGCUGGAGGGCCUUCCAGAACUCUCCACUCACAAGUCUCAGGGAAUAUACAAAGAGGAGGGAAUGGAGCAACAGCAGAAUGCUGAUGACAUCUGCUCAGACCCAGAGCUCCUGAGCCUCAUUGACCAGCUCUGCUCCCAGGAGGAUUUCAUAUCAAAUGUGGAGGCCAUCAUUCAUCCCACAUUCCUGCAAGAAUUGCUUUCCUCCAAACCACAGCUGGAUCUCGUGGCCCUAAUUGAGGAGCUGGAAAAAGAAGAAGGACUCACCCCUGACCAGAUAGUGGAGAAACGUCUUGGGGCACCUCGAGUGGCCUCAGGUGCGUCUGAGUUUGCCAUGUGCCAAAAUGCACCUAGAAAUGACCAGAGCCACCAACAAGUAGUCAGUGGAGAUACCAGCACUCUGCAAAUCAUUUCCAGUGAUGAUCAGAGCCAUGAUGGCACCAGUACAGAGCAGCUGAUGUCUGAUGCUGCUGUUCUCCUCCAGGGGGGUCAAGGGUCUCCUUCAGUGGGAGCCACCCUGCCCACUGCUUCUCCCCAUGGACAUGGAUCCCAUCCCCAGAAUCUAGGGUCUGGAGAUGCAGUGAAUCCCAUGGGAAAGUCUCCUGCUGGGACUCCCUGCAAGGUAGUAGGGAACAGGAGGGUGGACAAGGAAGGUGUCCCCAGCCUGACUUCCUUGUUGGGCUCUGAGUACAGUCUCCUACCCUGGGGAACAUCACAGAGCCCCAGAGCCUCCACCACUGUCCUUUGCUCUGGACACCAAGCCCUCAGGCCUUCGUUGCCCAAGAGAAGAUGCCAAAGCGUGGGUCCUCCUCCACUUGCCAAGUCCAAGAAAAGGUCUCCCACUGGGGCCUCAUGCAUCCUGGUAAAGAAAUCCUGCCCAGGACCUUGCCUUGAGGGCUCUGCAAAGCAGGACUUGGCUUUAGGGCAGAUUCAGCCCUCAUUGCCUCAGAAGAGAAAGUGUGAGGCAUUGGAAGGUCAGAGGAAGAGGAAGAAGAAAAAGCAUUGA